AUGGAAAACGAGCCUUGCCACCGCUCUGAACACAAGUUCUUUGUCCUCUUGGGGGAUGCAAUCCAGCAGCCUCUGUUUAAGGACUUGCUGCUCCUGCUCCAGAAAGACUCACUGCUCGCCACAGCUCAGCUGAAAGCCUAUGGAGAGCUGAACUUUGAACAGGACCAGCUGGGGGCUGGGGGCCAGCAGGGUGAGCUGCACAAUGGAACACGGUACCAUGAAGUCCACGAGUUCUGCUCAGAUUCUGGCCACCACCUUGACUUCUACUUCCUCACCCAUGUUUACUCUGAGGACCUGGAGGAUGUCCUGGAGGAGCUGACAUAUGGGCCUACCCUGGCCACCCCUUCCUACCCCAUGAAUUCUUCGAUUAUAUACCAUUGGAGGACUUCUCAAUGCCACCCCACUUAG